CUCAUAUUUUUCUACUUACAAUCCCCUAGUUAACUAUUUAAUCACCUACUUUGUCCCUUUAUUCUGUCCCUAUCAGAUAGGCUGUGACACAUGCAUACAAACAUGCCUGCAGACAUCCUGAGAAACAGAAACACAGACACUGAGAAAAACUGUGGACUGAACGCACUCACCCCCGCACACACAGACCAACGCUAAGCACGACAGGAACCUACACAUGCAUGUACAUCCAGGUGAACCUCAAAGACCUACUCAUACUCGGCUGCCCAGAAGGCACAAAGCUGAGACACGAGAGAAGGAACAACACGGAUACACAGAGGAUCGCAGCAGAGGAGCUGCGCCAUCUUUGCUGGCUCAGUGACCCUGGGCAGUAUGUCACCUCUCUGUCUCUCAGUUCUCUCAUCUGCCUAAAGGGGUCUUGAUGGUCCCUGCCUCGUGAGCUAUGGAGAGGCUGAAAGCAUUUACCUGAGUUACCUUACGUAGAACCCAGGAAGAGAGCAGUAUCCAGCACAUGGCUGUCAUAGAGCAGCGUCUGCUCUGCCAUUGCAGACACACUUGGAGCUCAGGCUGUAAUCACGGCCCUCUGGCCUGCAUUUGGCCCCAGGCCUCUCCCCUUCAGAAGGCCUUGCCCCUCCCAGGCCCCCGACCUGGGCCUUCCUCCAUCUUCCCCCCACUUACUUCCCCACUGCCCUUCUCUUGCCUGCUCAGUCCCCAGGGACCAAAAUCCAGGCCGGGUCCACUUGUCCUGUGACUCUUUAGGGCAAAGGGCUGGUGCCCAGGCAGUAGGACCCUUACCCUUCCCUCUGGCCCAGUCCUCACCCAAGGCCCUGGGGGCCUGCCUGCCCCUGCCCCAGUGCCCUCUGCAUCAGAUUCUUGGCAUGACUCUGGCAACCUCAGCUCAAUAUCCUUUGCUCCCUGCUUCGCCCACACCAGUCCCCAGGGAGCCGCCUGGAACGGGGCAAAGGGCAGCGCCUGGGAUCAGCCUCUUCCUCACUGCUGUGUGCAAGUUGCUUCUUCUGUCCAGGGCUCCUGUGCCCUCAUCUUCAAUCAGGAGCCCUGCCCCAGAGACAGGAAGUAAAUGACAGCUGUUUUACGGAACAGGAAGGCACAGCCAUGCAAUAAAUACCUCGCUAGCUCUGUGCAAGUGAACUAAACAAAGCCCUUGCCCACAGGGAGUCUAUAAUCUAGUGUCAGACAGAGAAAGCAAAGAACACACGCAGUAAACUGGCCAGCACGUCAGGUGGAGAAGGACCCAAUCUCAGUGAGGCCAGUGAGAACCACACACAGCAAGCCACAAGCAGAAACGCUGCCGUGGGGUCCCGUACAAAGAUCAUUUCCAGCCCCCUGGGCAGGAUGGCCAAGUGCACUUUCCACGACGAAGAAAUCCACCUAGCCAGUGGCUUAGGCCAGUCACAAAGCUGCGAGCUGUCUCCAGAGGCCUCUAUCUGUACAUCUGUUUGUUUCCCUGGGGAGGGGUGGUCCUCUGGACUCCCACCCAGUCCUGCCUGCCUCCACUCUGACUCUUCCCUUUCCUUCCUUCUUCAAAUCUUUGCUGAGCACCUGCUAUGUGCCACCCCAUGCCCCCAGGGGGAUGCCAUUCCAGGCAGAGGGCCAGAGGCGGACUCACCUACAGCCAAGCAAAGAAUACCCUCAUUUGCACAGGCCCCUUCCCAAGCCCUGUACCUAAUUCAGCACUUGUGAUUGUCUCUCCUUUUUCCUAAAGAACCCCACCUCCACUUGGAAAAGCUUCAAAGCUCCAUGAAGCCGGGUUCUGCCCCUGGGGGAGACAAACAAAAAACAUGUAAACAGAUAAAUGGAAAACUGCCAAGGUGGAAAAUCCUAGGAAGAAGAAGAACUUAAAAUAUGAUGACAGAAAGCAGUGGGAGGGGCGCAUCUUAGAUGGGGAGGCACCCUUAGGGACCACCUCCUGGAGGAGGGGGGAAGCUGAGGGCGAGGGUGAUCUGGCCAGGCCAGGAGCACAUGGAAUAACACAGGUGAGGUGUCCCUGAGCUUCCAUUGCUCUGUCUGUGAGGUGGAAGUGACAGUCACUGCAGGAUGAUGGCCUGGAAGGCCAGUGGCAGGUUGCAGGGUGCCCAGUAUGGGAACACCACACAGUAGGACCUGUGGCGUGGGCCCCUGGCUGGGCUUGGCCCUGCCCUUGAUCAGCUUUUAUCCUCCUGGGAGGGACAAGCAAGGCUGGUUCUCCUCUCUCUCCCCACCAGCCGGGGCCAGCUGUGCCACGGCCAGCCUGGGCGGGCAGGAACUGCCAUCAACCCCGUGUGUUUUGCUCUCUGAAUCCCCCCAGGGAAGGAGGGCAGCCAGGCUGGGUGGGAGGGGACACUUUGUUCAGGACUAGGGUGAGCCUCCUGGGCCUAUGGGAGGAGGGGAGAGUAGACCUGGAUGCCUCCAUUUCUAAUUGCUGAGGGGACUAAGAGUCUGGACUCCUGGAACCGAAGGAGGAGGGUCUUGGGGGCCCAAACUCCAGGGUUCAAAGGCACAGGAGGCUGGCACGGGGACUGGGAGCAGUGAGUUGAGCCCCAGGCUCCGUUUCCUGCGCUGGAUUCUCACCGUCCUAUCAGGGUAGGAGGUGGAGCCGGUGACCACACCCUGGGCAGGCUGGGCCCCUCCCUGGGAUUGUCACCCCAGGCUGCAACUGGCAGUAGCCACAGUCAGCAGUCGGUCAGCAGCCCUGGGGAGCUCUGAAGAGGCUUGGGAGGGCCUCACGGCUCUUGCAGAGGAUGGACCUGCGCACCAUGACACAGUCUCUGGUGACCCUGGCUGAGGACAACAUGGCCUUCUUCUCCAGCCAGGGCCCCGGGGAGACCGCCCGGCGGCUGACGGGAGUCUUUGCGGGCAUUCGGGAGCAGGCCCUGGGGCUGGAGCCGACCCUGGGCCGCCUGCUGAGCGUGGCACACCUCUUUGACCUGGACACAGAGACGCCAGCCAACGGGUACCGAAGCCUGGUGCACACGGCCCGCUGCUGCCUGGCGCACCUGCUGCACAAAUCGCGCUACGUGGCCUCCAAUCGCCGCAGCAUCUUCUUUCGCACCAGCCACAACCUGGCCGAACUCGAGGCCUACCUGGCCGCCAUCACCCAGCUCCGUGCUCUGGCUUACUAUGCCCAGCGCCUGCUGACCACCAACCAGCCCGGGAGGCUCUUCUUUGAGGGUGACGAGAGGGUCAUUGCCGACUUCCUACGAGAGUACGUCACGCUGCACAAAGGCUGCUUCUACGGCCGCUGCCUGGGUUUCCAGUUCACGCCCGCCAUCCGGCCGUUCCUGCAGACCAUCUCCAUCGGACUGGUGUCCUUCGGGGAGCACUACAAACGCAACGAGACCGGCAUCAGUGUGACCGCCAGCUCCCUCUUCACUGGCGGCCGCUUUGCCAUCGACCCCGAGCUGCGUGGGGCCGAGUUUGAGCGGAUCAUUCAGAACCUGGACGUGCACUUCUGGAAAGCCUUCUGGAAUAUCACCGAGAUCCAGGUGCUAUCGUCUCUAGCAAACAUGGCCUCGACCACCGUGAGGGUAAGCCGCCUGCUCAGCCUGCCGCCCAUCGCCUUUGAAAUGCCUCUGACCUCGGACCCCGAGCUCACGGUCACCAUCUCACCCCCACUGGCCCACACAGGCCCCGGGCCCGUCUUCGUGAGGCUCAUCUCCUAUGACCUGCGGGAAGGACAGGACAGCAAGGAGCUCAGCGGCUUCAUCAGGUCCGAGGGCCCCAGGAGCCUGGAGCUGCGGCUGCGCCCCCAGCAGGCACCCCGCUCCAGGGCCCUGGUGGUGCACAUCCACGGCGGCGGCUUCGUGGCCCAGACCUCCAAGUCCCACGAGCCUUACCUCAAGAGCUGGGCCCAGGAGCUGGGCGCCCCCAUCCUCUCCAUCGACUACUCCCUGGCCCCCGAGGCCCCCUUCCCCCGGGCGCUCGAAGAGUGCUUCUAUGCCUACUGCUGGGCCGUCAAGCACUGUGCCCUCCUGGGCUCAACAGGUGAGCGGAUAUGCCUCGCCGGAGACAGCGCCGGUGGGAACCUCUGCUUCACCGUGUCCCUUCGGGCAGCAGCCUACGGGGUGCGGGUGCCAGAUGGAAUCAUGGCAGCCUACCCGGCCACCAUGCUGCAGUCCACCGCCUCUCCUUCCCGCCUGCUGAGCCUCAUGGACCCCCUGCUGCCUCUCAGCGUGCUCUCCAAGUGCGUCAGCGCCUAUGCCGGUGAGAAGACUGAGGACCACCCCGACUCAAACCAGAAGGCGCUGGGCAUGAUGGGGCUCAUGCAGCGGGACACGGCCCUGCUCUUCCGAGACCUCCGCCUGGGAGCCUCCUCGUGGCUCAACGCCUUCUUGGAGCUGGGCGGGCAAAAGUCCCACCUGAAAUUGGUGUCCAAGACUGAGCCAAUGCGGCGCAGUGUGUCUGAAGCAGCCCUGACCCAGCCGGAGGGCCCACUGGGAACGGACUCCCUCAAGGGCCUGAAGCUGCAUGACCUGAGCCUCAGGAGCAGCUGCGAGACACCAGACGCCCCGGAGCUGUCACUGUCGGCGGAGACACUCCGCACCUCCACACCCUCAACCGUCAACUUCUUACUUGGGUCUGAGGAUAGAUCUGAAGUGUCUGAGGCCCCAGAGGAGCUGAGCAACAAGGACCGAGUUCGAGGUGUGGGCGCGGCCUUCCCCGAGGGCUUCCACCCGCGGCGCUGCAGCCAGGGUGCCAUGUGGAUGCCCCUCUACUCGGCCCCCAUCGUCAAGAAUCCCUUCAUGUCACCUCUGCUGGCCCCCGACAGCAUGCUGCAGACCCUGCCACCUGUGCACAUCGUGGCCUGUGCGCUGGACCCCAUGCUGGACGACUCGGUCAUGUUCGCGCGGCGGCUCCGCGGCCUGGGCCAGCCCGUGACGCUGCGCGUGGUGGAGGACCUGCCGCACGGCUUCCUGAGCCUGGCGGCGCUGUGCCAGGAGACGCGGCAGGCCGCUGCGCUGUGCGUGGAGCGCAUCCGCCUCGUCCUCAAUCUGCCAGGCCCGCCGGUCUGAGCCGGGCACGGAGCCAGGCCCCGCGGGGAGAAGGGGGUCGCGGGGGGGCGACACUAAAGGCCGCUUGUACCCA